CAGCCCGUCUCCUCCUGGUGCCCCUCCUCCGGCCCUGUGUUUUCCGCAGCAGGUCCAGCGCAACAGUUAGGCUGAGUCACUCCAAUCAGCAUGCUCCUAUAGGAUCCUGAGAUGAAAUCACAUGAUGAGGAAGAGAGGGAUAGAUACACAUAGGUUAGCUAUGAAUGGGAGAUGACGACAGGCUCAGACAGACACAGGGACACGCACACUCAUGCUUUUCUCCCUUUGCUGUAGCAUACACUACUACCGCUGCAGUCAUAACGAUGCAAGAGGAGACAGGCAGAGGAGGGUGCAGAGCGGAGGAUGGUGGAGCGAGGCAGGGCGGGGCUGCUGAGUGACAGAGCGGGAGGCAGGAGCUAGAGGGAGGAAGCUGCUCAACAGACGACCAAGAAACAUAGGGAGGAGGAAGAAGAGGAGAGAGAGAGAGAGAGAGAGUAUAUCCACAGGACGUGAGUGUCAGCAGUAAAAGAGGGGGGGGGGGCUUCCAGACUGGAUGGGCCCAGCGAUGCCUUGAUGGAGUAUGGGCCAGAUUUUAGGAUUCUCCCACUGCCAGGAAUAUGGCUCGGUGGCAUCCACUCCAGACUCAACGCCUCCGUGCACCGAUGGCGGAAAUGAGGAGUCUGAGAUGUAUGAGCUGCAAACAGCCAGGGAGUGGUCUGACGAUGAGGAAGAGAGAGAUGGAGAUCCAGAUGAUGAUGAGGGACUGGCUUCAUCCCCGUCCAUCUGGGGCACGCCACGUCAGAACUCCUUUGAGCUGACUUUCUCCUACAUUGCCAUCGCUGAGGCCGAGGCUGUGGGAGCCUCACGACAUUUCCGUGACAGACGCAGGGGCGGCUCGCGGGGAAGUCGUACUCCUCUGAUGCGCACAGACACCCUGGAAACACUGUUGGACUCCCCUGAUGUAGACUGGGACCCCCAGCUCUUCCUCAGUCGAGAGGAAGAUGAGGAAAUGUCAGAAAGGAGCGAGCAGGAGAGGGCAGAAGCGAGGACAGUGAGGACAGCAAGCCCAGCAGCGAGGAGGGAGCUGCACAGACAAACUGAGACUAUUACAAUCCAGCCCUCUCCCCAAAUCCUGGACCCAGAAACUCAGGGGAGAGAUGCAGGAAUCCAAAGAGAAGAGAGCAGUCUGACCCAGACUGUCCAGCCUCCCUCUCCUUCCCCAUCUUCCCAGCAACAGAGUCCAUCACAGAUACUUCAGGCAGCAGCGUCAGCCUCUCCGACCCCCGAGCCAGAGUCUCCCGUCACCAGGGAAACCAUUUCAGUCAAGCUGCUCACAUCUGUGCAACCAAGAGGCCCCUCAUCCUCAUCACCGGCUGCCAUUGGCCUAAACUCUCAGGAACAGCUGGUCAGCGAUCACUGGUUCUCAGCUCUUAACCUAUCAGAGGACCCGACAGUAUGCACCCACAUAGCAGAAGUAAAGACCAUCGCACUCAACCAAAAACAAAAAGGGGGGCUGGGUGUGUGCAACCAGCAUCAAUGUUCAAAGCACAAAAAAGGGUUCGCACACCUUCAAGCACCUUCACCUUCUGCCUCUUCAAGGUGCCAGAUGACAUAUAAAUGCGAACACGACUCUAGUCUUGAAGUGGGGGUGGGCGGUGCUGUGGACAAGAUUAUUUUGGGCUGUCAGAGCUUUGGACUGCUGAGCGAGCAGGGGGGUAGCCAAAAACAGCUCAGAGGGGCGAGGGGGAGCACAGCGGGGCAGAGACAGGGACAGAGGGUGUGA